CCCUAAAUUAGUUCUAAAUCCUAAAACCCGCAAAAAUGUUUUCGAUAGUAUCUUCUUCUUCUUCACUCGUCAAUUCAAGUUCAACCCUUUUCCACAAUUCGUCGAAAUCUCCGAUCCGUGUUAUGUCGGCGGCGUCUGGGUUCAAAACCCUGACGGAGAAUUUCACCGUAAGGGUGCAGAAAGCAGAGAAUCGAGAGCUGAACGUGCCUCUGAUCUCACCCUUCACUAUCGCUUCCUCACGGCUUGAUUCAGUGAGUAAUGUUGCGAUUCGGAUUGAGCUUGGAGAUGGGUGUGUCGGCUGGGGAGAAGCUCCGAUUUUGCCGUCGGUUACGGCGGAGGAUCAGAUUACGGCAAUGGUGAAAGCGCGGGAAGCUUGUGAGUUUCUGAGGGAGUUACCUGAGAUGAAACUUGGUAGUGUUCUUCAUGAGAUCGGGAGGCUUCUCCCUGGUCAUCGAUUUGCCUCUGUAAGAGCUGGGAUGGAGAUGGCUAUGAUUGAUGCCGCAGCUAAGAGUGUAGGAGUGCCGUUGUGGAAACUAUUUGGUGGAGCUUCGAGUACUAUUACCACCGACAUAACAAUUCCGAUAGUUUCUCCAGCCGAAGCUUCGAUUUUGGCUCUGAAGUAUAGAAAACAAGGUUUUGAAACCUUGAAGCUCAAGGUGGGGAAGAAUCUUAAGGCUGACAUAGAGGUUCUCCAGGCCAUACGUGCAGUCCACCCUACUUGUUCCUUCAUUUUGGAUGCCAAUGAGGGUUAUAAAACAGAGGAAGCUGUUGAAGUUCUCGAGAAGCUUCAUGAGAUGAAGGUUACACCGGUUCUCUUUGAACAACCCGUCCACAGAGACAAUUGGGAAGGUCUCAGUCACGUGACUCGAACUGCAAAGAGCAGAUUCGGAGUCUCUGUUGCAGCAGAUGAGAGUUGCAGAGACUUGACUGAUCUCAAGAAAAUCAUAGAAGGUGGUAUCGUAGAUGUUGUUAACAUCAAACUCGCCAAAACCGGAAUCCUCGAGGCCCUCGAAGUAAUUGAAUUAGCUAUGUCAUCUGGAAUUGAGCUUAUGAUAGGGGGAAUGGUUGAGACAAGACUAGCAAUGGGGUUCUCUGGUCACCUUGCUGCAGGCAUUGGGAGUUUCAGAUUCAUCGACUUAGAUACUCCACUUCUUCUGGCUGACGAUCCUGUUCUAGGUGGCUACAAAGCAUCGGGUGCUGUCUACGAGUUUACAGAUGAAGGCGGUCACGGAGGAUAUCUUCAAUGGAAUGAUCUCGCUUAGUAUAUUUUUCCUUCAGAGUACUUAGGCCCGUUUUCUUUAUUUCAUAGUGUAUGUCGAUCUCAAGUUUAUUGGUUCUUAGGUUUGAUGCGGCACUUAGACCUUGGUCCUGAAUUUUCAGUUUGUGUUAGAAUAACUUGAAUCUAAUCUACAAGCUUUGUAACU